AUGACUGAAGAACCACAGCUGGGCUCGAUCCAGCAGCGGAUCGCCGCUCUCAAGCAGGCCCAGUCGGCCGGAGGCACUGAACCGCCUCUUUUCCUCCGCCCGCCCACCGAGCGAAGCAGAUCGGCCAACAACCCUCCCUCCUACGACGUGGCCGGCUCCGUUCUGGACGGCGUAUCGAUCGGAAAUGAGCCUGCAGGCUUGCAGACACAACGGCCGGCCCCGCGGCCACCUCCCACGCCAUCGCCGAAGCCAGAGUUGAAACCCAAGAAAGCCCCACCGCCCUUGCCUACGCGCCGAUCAGAUCGCCGACCUCCCCCUCCGCCGCCCUCUCGCCCAGAGCUGCCGACGCGACCAGAUCCUCCAGCGCGACGACAGCCCCCGGUGUGUUCAGAAGCCCGCCCUUCAUUGCCGCCCCGUCGGCCCACGGAACCAUCGCGGAGACCUUCGCAGGAAUCGGUCUUGUCUGACGCGUCGCACUCGACAGCUGCUACUAGCAUUGGUCGUGGUGCUUCGACGACAUCUGUGAAUUCCAAUGGUACCGGCCGGAUCAAGGCCCCCGCAUGGGGUGAGACUGAUUUACCUGUGCUACCUCCUAGGCGGCCAAAGGAAGACCUCGUCGAUCUGCAACCGGCUGCGCGCUCCGAGUCCAAGCCAAGUGCUGGUGGAUUGACGGGUGGAUUGACGGGUGGAUUGACUGCGAAACUAUCAGCCUUGCGGGGCAAAAUUCCUGGAUCUUCGUCUUCGUCUUCCUCUACUCCGUCUCGUCCUAGCUUGGCUUCCCGUCCAUCGGCUAGAGAUCCAUCACCUGCCCCUCGACUUCCAUCGCGCCGGCCGUCUGGAGUUGAGACACAGCCAGAUAGAACGGAUGAGGAUGCAGAAGAAUUCAGACCCAGGCUGCCGGCCCGUCCGUUGCCUCCACCAUCAACCGCAAACAAUCUUCCGGAUCCUCGAAUAUUAGGGUUUGGUGGACUGAACAAAAGCCCUAAUAUUCCUCGAAGGCCGAGCAGCACCCCAGCUGAGAACGGAGCCUCCAAUGGACUGCCGCCGCCGGUGCCGACUGGAUCUCGUCCUGAUCUUUCCCAGCUGAAUACAACUAAGCCUCGCUUUCAUGGUUCUGUUCCCGGUGCCACUGCACCUGCUGGAAACCCAAGCACAGAAUGUCUGGUGUGCCGAGACUUCUCUGGUCCGGAUACUCGGGCGGCUCAGUAUCCGCGCGCAUCACUUCCGACUCAAGAUCUGGGCUGGCUGGCGAACGAGCUAACUGCACCAUUCCCAUCCUUGACCGACAAGGCAAGAGUUAUCUUCACGUGGCUGCACCACAACAUCCAAUACGAUGUAGUCGCCUUCUUUAAUGAGAAUAUCAAGCCAUCAACACCAGCCAGCACAUUAGCCACCGGAUUGGCAGUGUGCGAGGGUUACGCGGGUCUUUUCGCAGCAUUAGCCACGAAGGCAGGGCUUGAAGCCAUCGUGGUCUCAGGCCACGGCAAGGGAUAUGGUCACUCGGACCUCGCCCCAGGUCAACCCGUACCACCAUACAAUGCCGGCCAUGCUUGGAAUGCAGUCAAGAUUGAUGGGGGUCAGUGGAAGUUGAUUGACGCAUGCUGGGGUGCCGGUGCCGUCAAUGGCCGUGGGCAGCCAUAUAUUCAGCGUUUCGAGCCAGCCAUGUUCACCAUCUCAAACGAAGAGUUCGGCCUAAAACACUUCCCCGGGAAUAGAGACCACUUCUUCCGCAAUGACAGGCGCCAAAUUAGCUGGGAGGAAUAUAUCACUACGAACGCGGACAUGCCGUCCGGCCUCAAGCCGAUGCAAAUCUAUAAUGAUGCCGACAAGCACAGCAUUGGCCGGAAGACCCUCUACCCGGCCGGUGGCAAUAUCUCCAUCUACAACACCCCCGGCCCUAUCCGUUUUCAAUUUGGACUGCUAUGCGAACACUGGACUCUCCUCAGGCACAGCCGCCAAAAGCCCGGCCUCUUCCUCCUCAUGAUCCACGGUGUGGAUGGCCGCGAAGAAGAUCGUCUUCCUUUCAAACAUGUCCCCGGGUCUGGCCCCGGAGGCGGCGGCGAGAUGUGGUAUGUAGAUGUUCCAGACGCCCGUCAGCUCGGCGCCCCGGGCCAGAAGGUGCAAAUUGCUGUUUUGACAACCCUUGGCGACCGUCAUGACUGCCGUGGUGUUACUGCCCAGGAGUAUCAGUCGCAGGUGGGCCGAGUAGGGAUGUCUUGGGCGUAUAUUGCAGAGUGGGUGUUGGGACGGUAG